CUGUGUUCAGUCUUUUUUGUUUCUUCUCCUUCUUCCUCUUACCUAGAUUUUGAGACGAGGAGAUUCUCAGUUUCCAACGUUUCCUUUUUUCCUCUUUGCUAUCAGAAUCUCUCUCUUGUCUGUCAGAUCCAACAGAAAAGUUCUUGCUCUUCUUCCUCAUUCUUGAAGAUGGACAGGGCAGACACAUGGGGGUUUGUCAGUGGUGGGAGAUGUUUAUACCUCAAGUUGCUUUUAUGUUUAUAGUUUCACAAGCUGUUCUUAAGUAUUCUUGUUUUUAGACCAUUUUAUUGCGCAUCUCUUCCCUUCUUCUUCUUCACAUGGAUUUGAACGAGAGUGUAGCUCGUUUUGGUGAUACUGCUCUCAGCUUGAACUGCCUUGGAAGCACUCACUACAACCGUAAGCUUUGUUCUGAUGUUUCCGACUGUCCUGAUGGUGGUUGCGGUUUGGUUCUCGGUUUAGGCCCAACACCUCCCUCUUAUUAUUACAACAAAGUCUCAGCUUCUUCCCAAGAUCUCUCAUCAGGUGGUAACUCAAUUCUCCAACUCGGUCCUCCUGCACUGACCAUGCACAGUUUCAGCGGACUUGAUUGUUCCUUGUUGACGUAUACAGACACUAAUGCCUCCCAAGCUGAUGAAGGUUCUACCUCAGCAACCCGGUCAGGUGGCUACAUGUCAUCCCUUAGAAGACCUUCAAGAAUGCAAGAGUGUAGUACCAACUUUGGUACUGAUGCUUAUACCGAGUCAGAGUUCUCCAUAGGAGCCAGGACAACAUCUUCUCAGCAAAGAACGACCAAUCCUAAGAAAUGCAAGUUCAUGGGAUGUAGCAAAGGAGCUAGAGGAGCGUCAGGGCUAUGCAUUGGCCACGGAGGAGGGCAAAGAUGUCAAAAGGCGGGUUGCAACAAAGGCGCUGAGAGCAAAACAACGUUCUGCAAAGCACACGGUGGAGGAAAGAGAUGCCAACACUUGGGGUGCACAAAGAGCGCUGAAGGCAAAACUGAUUAUUGUAUCUCUCAUGGAGGUGGGAGACGCUGCGGCUUCCCUGAGGGAUGCGCUAAAGCCGCACGUGGCAAAUCCGGGCUAUGCAUCAAACACGGUGGCGGUAAGAGGUGUAGAGUUGAAGGAUGCACGAGAAGUGCCGAGGGACAAGCUGGUCUUUGUAUCUCGCACGGUGGUGGGAGGCGGUGUCAGGCGUCAGAGUGUACUAAAGGUGCUCAAGGGAGUACAAACUACUGCAAAGCUCAUGGCGGAGGGAAGCGUUGUAUAUUCGCUGGAUGCACUAAAGGAGCUGAGGGGAGUACUCCUCUGUGUAAGGCGCACGGUGGAGGGAAACGUUGUAUGUUUGAUGGAGGUGGGAUAUGUCCUAAGAGCGUGCAUGGUGGGACGAGCUUCUGUGUAGCUCACGGUGGUGGGAAGAGGUGUGUUGUGGCGGGGUGUACUAAGAGCGCUCGUGGGAGGACUGAUUGUUGUGUGAAGCAUGGCGGUGGGAAACGGUGUAAGUGUGUUGGGUGUGAGAAGAGUGCGCAAGGGAGUACUGAUUUUUGCAAGGCGCAUGGUGGUGGGAAACGGUGUUCUUGGGGAAGAGGUACAUGCCAGAAGUUUGCUAGAGGGAAGAGUGGUUUAUGUGCGGCUCAUAAUAGUAUGUGUAUGGACAAAGGUGGAAGCAAGAUUGGUUUGAUAGGGCCAGGGCUUUUCCGUGGUCUUGUUGUUUCUACCUCUUCUCAAACCACUACUACUACUAGUACUACUGAUCAUUCUCUGGCGGGAGUUAGCGCGGUUUCUGAUUGCACUGACUCCAUUGAGCAAAGACAGAAGCAGAUGAUACCAAUGCAGGUUCUUGUGCCUCCAUCAAUGAAGUCCUUAAGCUUCUCAAACACUGAAACAAACAAUAACAGGAGUGGGAGGAAUGUCUUUGACUUUAUGGUUCCGGAGGAGAGGGUUCAUGGAGGUGGGCUAAUGUCUCUGCUUAAUGGCAGCUUGAAACAGACUUUCCGUUGAUGGAACUUGAAAGCUUUUCUUUACUGGUGAGAGAGGCACCAAAAAGCUUAUGUAAUAUUGUAUAGUAUUAUUCCUCGUCUCUUUGGUCAUUUUUGUAUAUUCAUCGGUCUAUGUUUUUGUACGGGUCUUGUAAUGAGUCUUGACCAUCUAGUCGAUGGCUAGAACUUGUUUAUUUGAUUAUUGAUUUGGAAUUUUUGCAAUGUAGUA